AAUUGCCUUUGAUGCACUGUAAAAAAAAUAAAUAAAUAAGUAAAUAUCAUCAUUUGAUCACUUUGUUUCCAUAUAGGCCUAACAUAAUAGCCUAUUUGUUUCCAUCCAAUAACUUGCCAAAAGUUUUGUCAAUUAGUUGUCACUGAGCAGCUCGUAACACUUUGAUUUUGCUUUAAAAGUUAUGACAGCAAUUACACUUAGUUUUAAAAACUUGUAUUCUUUAAAUUUUAGUGGGGGUUGAUUUUUUUUUUUUUUACAGUGAUUACAGCAUGAAUUUUCCAUUAAUGGGUUUUAAAUACAGUCCUUACAUAGCCUAUCCACCAGGUUACCCUAUACACUUACCUAAUCUCCUCUAAAAAGGAAAGUUUUUGACGCAGGGCCUCUUUGUUAAAAAAAAAAAAAAAAAAAAAAAAAAAAAAUUAUAGCCUAUACGGUUUUUUAUAUAUAUUUUCUAUUGUCUUCAUCUUCUGUGUUAUAAGUAGCUACUGUAAGGAAAAUUACCUCUUCCUCUUUUUUCCCUCGCUAUCAUAUUCAGCUUAUAAUACGGCUGUCACUCUCUCCAUUUUUCAACAGUGCAGCCUUAAUAGUGUACUCUGAUCUACAGUAGAUGCAAAUUAUUAAGAAACGUCUCCAAGCCAGUUAUUUGCAUUUAACCAAAUGAUGAAGGCUUCACAAGCGAAACCAUGUGAAGGGUAUGAAUAGAGGUGCGCGAGCUUGACCAUAAGCUACAUAUGACUACUUAAGUUUUUUAAUCUUCUCUCUUCCUUUGAUAUAAUGAACGUGGUAUGAUUUCUGCUGGAAUAGGAAUCAAAAUUGAAGACCUGAGAAAAUUGGCAACGCUCGGCUAAAAUUAUGAUGGAGACAGAGUAUUCCAAGAGAGUAUACCAAGGUGUCAGAGUCAAGCACACGGUCAAAGAUCUUCUUGCAGAGAAGCGAUUACGACAAACAAAUGCACCCCGAUUCAGUACGAGCAGCAGUUCCUCUCAGCCAGCUUUUGUGCCAAUGCCUGGGUCACACGUGCUUCCUGGUUACUACAGUAUGCGAAGAUCCUUCCUCCCAGACUCAGAGCUCUGCCAUCCCAUGAAGCAGUACUCAUCACCAGACACUUACUCUUCAGCAUUGGGAAGCAAGGCCUUUUCGUACGACCACCCCUCCACUUACCCUUCCUUCAUUGACAGCUACUACACUCCUGAUUCAUAUGGUGAUUACAGAGGGCCAACGUCUUAUACCACCAGUGGAGGGUCACUGUUUCCACCAUCUACACUACCAACACUACUACCAGCUCUGUCUGGAGAGUCAUCAUCACACUUGCUCUUGAGAGACCCUUGGGAUCAGCCGUCAGAGGACCCAGUCAGUCAGUCAGAAGUCAUAUGUCCUGAGGGUCCAGCCCCUGUGGCAGACUCACCAUCUCUGGGAGGGCCGGACUCUGGCGGCUCCUCUCCAUACCGUCUAUCCUCGGGGCGCAGCGGGAGCUCCAUCCCACCCAGCUCUCAGCCUUAUACUCUACAACCCCUGGAAGAUGUCUCGUACCCAGCAGCAUCCUACACCUCUGCCUCCAGCUACUCCUGCCCACAGUACAUGGUGACACCUGGAGAUCUGGCUGUGGUGAAGAUGACAGCCGUCACCUCAGAGGAGGCUAGUGGUGGAGUGGUGUCUCUCAGUGACACUACAUCCUGGGCUAAAGAUGAUGGAACUGGCUCCUGGUUGUCCUAUGAGACAAGGAGGGCUUUUUAAGAGGCUUAAAUGACAACACAAACACUGUGGACUAAUCAUUUGCAAUUACACAGCCUCUCUAUUCUUGUACAGAAGGAGAUUAUAUACAUCCAUCAUAAAGAUGACCUUCUCAAGAAAUGCUGAUCACGAUACAACACAAUUUUUAAACUGUUGAUAUUGCGUAAGGAUACAACAAAAAUAUGUGCUGAUAGUUUAGUUAAUUCAGGUUUUCAUUAUGCAUUUACAUGUCCAAGCGUUCUAGAAUGAAUUAGAAGCAAUGCUCGCUUUUUUCCCUCUUUCAUACAUUUUUAAUUGUAACAUUAAUCCUCAAACGAAAAGUUUUGACUGGUCAAGAAUAUAACUAGCGAAUAAUACCAAAGAACACUUUAAGACAACAAUGUUGGACUUUUGUCAGGAAUGCCAAUAUAUAAAAAUAAACAUGUU